CCUCCGUGCUUCGCGAGAGCUCGAGAUUUUCUGUAUUAAGCAAGAGCCAAGUUUUGGCUUCAUCGCAUUAUCACACCACAGACAGGCCAUUACCAUCUUAAUACUGCUAGGGACGAUUCAUUCAUGGAGCCUUGCUCCAACUCCAGUCCUCCUUGAUUAUCACCGUCGCCAAUAGCGCGGCCAUUCAGCACGCUUUUUUGCAUCUGGGCGUAACAUCCCUCUUGGGUGUUGAAGCAUGUCUUCAUAUCCUCCACCACCGCCUCCCCCAGGCUGGGGACCACCUCCGCCGCCGCCAACUCCUCCUCCGCCGGGUCCUCCGUCAUCGCUUCCUCCCCCUCCCGCAAUCCCAGCGCCGCCGCCGCCGGGCUACCGUCCUCCAACAGAUCCUCAGAUUGCGAAGUUUGCGCAGAAGAAGAAGGAAUGGCUUCGAUCGCAACGCAACCGGUUUGGCGAGAAGAGGAAAGGUGGCUUUGUUGAGACGCAGAAGGCCGACAUGCCACCGGAACACCUGCGCAAAAUCGUCAAGGACAUCGGUGACGUAUCGCAGAAGAAGUACACUAGCGACAAGCGCAGCUAUCUCGGCGCCUUGAAGUUUAUGCCGCACGCGGUCCUAAAGUUGCUGGAGAACAUGCCCAUGCCAUGGGAGUCAGCUCGGGAGGUUAAGGUGCUGUACCACGUUAACGGCUGUUUGACCCUCGUCAACGAGAUACCGCGCGUCAUCGAGCCCGUCUUCUUCGCCCAAUGGGCUACUAUGUGGAGUACUAUGCGGAAGGAGAAGAGAGACAGAAGACUCUUCAAACGAAUGCGGUUUCCGCCGUUCGAUGACGAAGAACCUCCCUUGUCUUGGUCCGAGAAUAUUGAGGAUGUCGAGCCUCUCGAACCUAUUCAGAUGGACCUCGACGAGGAAGAAGAGGCGGCAGUCUACGAAUGGUUUUACGACCAUCAACCGCUGCUCGACACCCCACACGUGAACGGGCCUAGCUACAAGCGAUGGAACCUCACACUGCCUCAGAUGGCCAACCUGUACCGUCUGAGCCGGCCGUUGGUUUCCGAGGUUGUGGACCCAAAUUACUUUUACCUUUUCGAGCUGAAAAGCUUUUUGACAGGCAAAGCUCUGAACGUGGCAUUGCCGGGCGGUCCUCGCUUCGAGCCGCUCUACAAGGAUAUCGACCCAAACGACGAGGACUUCGGCGAGUUCAACGCCAUGGAUCGUAUCAUCUUCCGAAAUCCCAUUCGGACAGAGUGUCGUGUGGCAUAUCCGUACCUUUACAACUCGCUGCCGCGGAGUGUGCAUUUGUCCUGGCACUCUCACCCGCAAGUGGUCUACCAUAAAACCGAGGAUCCUGAUCUCCCCGCAUUCUACUUCGACACCGACAUCAAUCCCAUUUCGUCUCGUGCCGUUGCGCCAAAGAACAUUGCUGUGAGCCACGAGGAUGAACUCUUUGGACAAGGCAACAUCGAGGAGCCAGAGGACGAGGCUUUUGAGCUCCCCGCGACAGUUGAGCCUUUCCUCGCUGACGAGGAACUGGCCACUGAAGACACGGCGUCAGCCAUUGAACUGUGGUGGGCGCCUUACCCGUUCGAUCGCCGGUCCGGACGCAUGGUGCGGGCCCAAGACGUCCCCCUUAUUAAGCACUGGUACUUGGAGCAUUGCCCCCCCAAGCAGCCAGUCAAGGUGCGGGUUUCGUACCAGAAGCUCCUCAAGACCUACGUGCUCAAUGAGCUGCAUAAGAAGAGGCCCAAGUCGAUGCAGAAGCAAAGUCUGCUGAGGACUUUGAAACAGACGAAGUUUUUCCAGCAGACGACAAUCGAUUGGGUUGAAGCUGGACUUCAAGUCUGCCGCCAGGGCUUCAACAUGCUCAAUCUUCUGAUCCAUCGCAAGAACCUGACUUACCUCCAUCUCGACUACAAUUUCAAUUUGAAGCCCGUCAAGACAUUGACAACCAAAGAACGGAAAAAGUCACGCUUUGGAAACGCCUUUCACCUAAUGCGCGAAAUACUUCGCCUGACCAAGCUCAUUGUAGAUGCUCAGGUUCAGUACCGGCUUGGCAAUAUUGACGCCUUCCAACUUGCUGACGGUAUCCUCUACGCCUUCAACCAUGUCGGGCAGCUGACGGGCAUGUACCGUUACAAGUACAAGCUCAUGCAUCAGAUUCGCUCCUGCAAGGAUCUCAAGCAUUUGAUCUACUACCGGUUCAACACCGAUGCUGUCGGCAAAGGGCCCGGCUGUGGCUUCUGGGCUCCGGCUUGGAGAGUUUGGUUGUUCUUCAUGCGGGGCAUCAUUCCGCUGCUGGAGCGCUGGCUCGGGAAUCUCCUUUCCCGUCAGUUUGAGGGACGUCACAGCAAGGGGGUCGCCAAGACGGUGACAAAGCAGCGUGUUGAGUCGCACUUCGACCUUGAGUUGCGGGCUUCGGUCAUGGCCGACCUGAUGGAUAUGAUGCCGGAAGGAAUCAAGCAAAACAAGGUCAAUACGGUUCUCCAACACCUCUCCGAGGCGUGGAGAUGCUGGAAAAGCAACAUUCCUUGGAAGGUGCCUGGCUUGCCUGCGGCCAUUGAGAACAUCAUCUUGAGAUAUGUCAAGGCGAAGGCAGAUUGGUGGAUUUCGGUUGCACACUACAAUCGAGAGCGUAUUCGGAGAGGUGCCACCGUCGACAAGACUGUGGCCAAAAAGAACGUGGGCCGGCUCACUCGACUGUGGCUCAAGGCCGAGCAGGAGAGACAGCACAACCACAUGAAGGAUGGCCCUUAUGUCUCGUCCGAGGAAGCUGUUGCCAUCUACACCACAACCGUCCAUUGGCUCGAGUCGAGGAAGUUUUCACCCAUUCCUUUCCCAAGUGUCUCAUACAAACAUGACACCAAGAUCCUCAUCCUGGCCCUUGAGCGGUUGCGCGAGGCCUACUCAACCAAGGGCAGGCUAAAUCAGAGCCAGCGAGAGGAGCUUGCCCUUAUCGAACAGGCCUACGACAGUCCCGGUACCACCCUGGAGCGGAUCAAGCGCUUUCUUCUCACUCAACGCGCCUUCAAGGAAGUUGGAAUUGACAUGAACGACAACUACAGCACCAUCAAUCCUGUUUAUGACAUCGAGCCCAUCGAGAAAAUUAGUGACGCAUACCUCGACCAGUAUCUCUGGUAUCAGGCCGAUCAGCGCCACCUGUUCCCCGCGUGGGUCAAGCCGUCUGAUUCCGAAGUUCCGCCACUUCUCGUCUACAAAUGGGCGCAGGGCAUCAACAAUCUCGACAAGGUCUGGGAGACGGCGAACGGAGAGUGCAAUGUCAUGAUCGAGACGCAGUUGUCGAAGGUCUACGAAAAGAUCGAGUUGACACUGCUCAACUCGCUUUUGCGACUGAUCAUGGACCACAACCUGGCCGAUUACAUCACUGCUAAGAAUAACGUUACGUUGACUUACAAGGACAUGAGCCACGUCAACAGCUAUGGCAUGAUCCGCGGCCUCCAGUUUUCGGCUUUCGUCUUCCAGUACUAUGGCUUGAUCCUGGAUCUUCUUAUUCUUGGCCCUCAGCGGGCGAGCGAGAUUGCGGGCCCUCCACAAAACCCGAACGACUUCCUCCAAUUCCAGGAUCGCGAGACCGAAACAAAGCACCCCAUCCGGCUCUACACGAGAUACAUCGAUAAGAUUUGGGUGUUCCUGCGCUUCACGGCCGAUGAGGCCAGGGACUUGAUUCAACGAUUUCUUACGGAGCAGCCCGACCCCAAUUUCGAGAACGUCAUUGGGUACAAGAGCAAGAAAUGCUGGCCAAGGGACUCACGUAUGCGGCUGAUGAGACAUGACGUGAACCUCGGCAGAGCCGUCUUCUGGGACCUCAAGAACCGGCUUCCAAGGUCGGUCACAACGAUCGAAUGGGAAGACACGUUUGUCAGCGUCUAUAGCAAAGACAACCCGAAUCUCUUGUUCUCGAUGUGCGGGUUUGAGGUGCGCAUUUUGCCAAAGAUUCGCAAUCAGAAUGACGAGUUCCCGGUCAAGGACAGCGUCUGGUCACUUGUGGAUAACACGACCAAGGAGCGCACCGCGCAUGCUUUCCUCCAAGUGGCAGAGGAGGACAUACAGAAGUUCAACAACCGUAUCCGCCAAAUCCUCAUGUCAUCUGGCUCGACAACCUUCACCAAGAUCGCGAACAAAUGGAACACGGCUUUGAUCGCUCUGUUCACAUAUUACCGCGAAGCAGCGGUUUCAACCGUCAACCUUCUCGACACCAUCGUCAAAUGCGAGACCAAGAUUCAGACCCGGGUCAAGAUUGGCUUGAACUCAAAGAUGCCUUCACGUUUCCCACCUGCCGUGUUCUAUACGCCGAAGGAACUUGGUGGCCUUGGCAUGAUCUCGGGUUCGCACAUUCUGAUUCCGGCAAGCGACAAACGCUGGUCCAAGCAGACCGAUGUCGGCGUCACGCAUUAUCGUGCAGGCAUGUCCCAUGAAGAGGAGACGUUGAUUCCUAACAUCUUCCGUUACAUUGUCCCAUGGGAGGCCGAGUUUAUUGAUUCUCAGCGCGUCUGGACCGAGUACUCUCAGAAGCGCCUUGAGGCAAAUCAGCAAAAUCGGCGACUUACCCUCGAAGACUUGGAAGACAGUUGGGACCGCGGCCUGCCCCGCAUCAAUACUCUGUUUCAGAAAGAUCGCAGCACCCUAAGCUUUGACAAGGGUUUCCGCGCGAGGGCCGAGUUCAAGAUUUACCAGCUCAUGAAGAGCAAUCCGUUCUGGUGGACGAGUCAAAGACACGAUGGCAAACUGUGGAACCUCAAUGCCUAUCGUACGGAUGUGAUUCAGGCUUUGGGUGGUGUUGAAACCAUUCUCGAGCAUACCCUUUUCAAGGCCACUGGCUUCCCGUCCUGGGAAGGCCUCUUCUGGGAGAGGGCCUCUGGUUUCGAACAGUCCAUGCAAUUCAAGAAGUUAACCAACGCCCAACGGUCCGGUUUGAACCAAAUUCCCAACAGACGAUUCACUCUGUGGUGGUCCCCAACGAUCAACAGAGCGAACGUGUACGUUGGUUUCCAGGUACAGCUUGACCUGACAGGUAUCUUCUUGCACGGAAAGAUUCCUACGUUGAAGAUCUCUCUCAUCCAGAUCUUCCGUGCCCACUUGUGGCAGAAGAUUCACGAGUCUGUUGUCAUGGACCUCUGCCAGGUCUUUGAUAAUGAGCUCGAGGCCCUCAGCAUUGAGUCGGUGCAGAAGGAAACAAUCCACCCGAGAAAGUCGUACAAGAUGAACAGCUCCUGCGCUGAUAUCCAGUUGUUCGCGAGCCAUAAAUGGAAUGUCACUCGGCCAUCUUUGCUUUUCGACAACAAGGACGUGAUCGAGGCAACCACGACGAGCAAGUUCUGGAUCGACGUUCAGCUGCGAUAUGGCGACUACGACUCCCACGACAUUGAGAGAUACGUGAGGGCAAAGUACCUAGAUUACACGACUGACAGCAUGAGCCUGUACCCCUCCCCGACGGGCCUGAUGAUCGGCAUCGACCUCGCGUACAACCUCUACUCGGCCUAUGGGCAAUAUUUCCCUGGCUUGAAGGCCGUGGUCCAGCAAGCGAUGGCCAAGAUCAUGAAGGCAACCCCAGCGCUCUACGUGUUGCGUGAGCGUAUUCGCAAAGGCUUGCAGCUUUACGCAUCCGAGAGCAACCAGGAGUUCCUGAACUCCCAAAAUUACUCCGAGUUGUUCAGCAACCAGACGCAACUAUUUAUCGACGACACCAAUGUGUACCGGGUCACCAUUCACAAGACAUUCGAGGGAAAUUUGACAACAAAGCCGAUCAACGGAGCAAUCUUCAUCUUCAACCCCCGAACAGGUCAACUCUUCCUCAAGAUCAUCCACACCAGUGUCUGGGCCGGACAGAAGCGUCUCGGUCAAUUGGCAAAAUGGAAGACCGCUGAAGAAGUUGCAGCCCUGAUCAGGUCACUCCCGGUCGAAGAGCAGCCGAAGCAGCUUAUCGUCACCCGAAAGGGCUUGCUUGAUCCGCUCGAGGUUAAUCUUCUGGAUUUCCCUAACAUUUCUAUCCGUGCCUCGGAAUUGCAACUUCCUUUCCAGGCCGCCAUGAAGGUGGAGAAACUGGGUGACAUGAUUCUGCGCGCCACCGAGCCCCAAAUGGUGCUUUUCAACCUAUACGACGAGUGGCUCAAGAGUAUCUCGUCAUAUACGGCGUUCUCCCGCUUGAUUCUCAUCCUGAGAGCUCUGCAUGUCAACCAGGACAAGACCAAGCUCAUUCUUCGGCCAGACAAGACUGUCAUUACGCAAGACCACCAUAUCUGGCCGUCUCUCUCAGACGAGGACUGGAUCAAAGUGGAAAUGCAGCUCCGCGAUCUGAUUCUUAACGACUACGGCAAGAAGAACAAUGUUAAUGUGUCGAGUCUGACCACCAGCGAAGUUCGAGACAUCAUCCUGGGUAUGGAAAUUUCGGCUCCUUCGCUGCAGAGGCAGCAAGCUGCCGAAAUCGAAAAGCAGCAACAGGAGCAGCAGCAGCUCACGGCCGUCACAACAAAGACUCAGAAUGUACACGGCGAGGAGAUCAUUGUCACGACGACGUCGCAGUUUGAGCAGCAGACGUUCGCCUCUAAGACGGAAUGGCGCACGCGAGCCAUCGCCACGUCGAACCUGCGCACGAGAGCUAAUAACAUGUAUGUGGCUCCGGUGGACAGCGAUGUGGAUGACAUCACGUAUGUGAUGCCGAAGAACAUUCUCAAGAAGUUCAUCACCAUUGCGGAUCUCCGGGUGCAGGUGGCUGGCUAUCUCUACGGUUCCUCCCCAGCCGACAACGAUCAGGUCAAAGAGAUCAAGUGCAUCGUUAUGGUGCCGCAGAUUGGUGGCCUGAGGAACGUCCAGCUGCCACAGCAUCUCCCUCAGCACGAGCUGCUUAAGGAUAUGGAACCCCUCGGCCUCAUCCAUACCAUGUCCGGCAACGAGCUCCCUUACAUGUCUGCGAUGGAUGUCACGAACCACGCCAGGCUGGUUGAUGCCCAUCCCACAUGGAAUGAGCAGACCACUUUGACGGUGGCGGUAUCGUUCACGCCGGGCAGCGUGUCACUCUCUGCCUGGGCUCUCACUCCUCAGGGCUACAAAUGGGGCGCGGAAAACAAAGACCUCGGAAGCGACCAGCCCCAGGGUUUCUCGACGACCAUGGGCGAGAGGCGACAGCUUCUGCUUAGCGACAAGUUUAAGGGCUUUUUCUUGGUCCCGGACAACGGCAAGUGGAACUACAGCUUCAUGGGCAGCGCCUUUGGCGGGCUGGAGAAGAAGGCCAUCCAUGUCAAACUGGAUACUCCCUUGCCCUUUUACAGCGACCAACACCGCCCUAUCCACUUCUCCAGCUUCAACGAGUUGGAGGACAUCUGGGUUGACAGACAGGAUAACUUUGCCUAGACAAAAGUCGAGGUUGGUUCAACCCGGAGUUCGGACUGUUGCUAUGAAAAAAAAAAUCCCAAGAAACGAGACCCGGACAAAGCAAACAUGGAAACGGACGGAUAGAUUCAAAAAAAAAAAAAAUUAAGCGUCAAGCGCGGGAUGGACAUCAGAUUGUUUGAUCGGCUCCCCAGGACUUCGGCAAGCGGUUCGGGUCGCAACGAAGCAGCGCAAACAAGGUUUUUUUU